UGCCUCUGCUCCUCUCUGGGGCACCUUCUAUCUAUAGGGAUGGGAAUUAAUGACAGUCUCUCUCUGCUGCCUGAUGUCAGAGCUGAGAAAGGUGUGAAGGGUAUAUAAGAGCCGUAUUACUUGUCAGCAAGGAAGGGGGAAAAGGGAUACUCCAGAGCUAGAUGCAAGCGUGGAAUUGUUUCAUGCACCCUUCCUGCUAACAUAGGCGUGCAUCUUCAGUUAGCUGCCUGACCACUACAAGAAAGUUUGGAAGCAAAGAUGUGCAACCUAAAGCUGUCGGUUUUCUUCAUUGUACUUUCUGUCACACUGAGCUGUUUGGAAGCUACACCUAUUGAGAAAUUAUUAUCUGUGGCUGAUGAUCUAUCUGAUGGGACUUCCAAGAGGCAAGGAUGGAUAUUGCCCAUAAUGUCACAGAAUACACUCUCAGGACUUAGUGAGGAAAUGCCAGAACAACCAGCAGCAAAGACAAAAAGUAGUCACCAUCUGGAGAAACGGAAAUGCAACACUGCUACAUGUGUGACACAACGCUUGGCUGACUUUUUAGUUCGUUCCAGCAGCAACAUCGGAGCAAUUUAUUCACCUACGAAUGUGGGGUCCAAUACAUAUGGAAAGAGGGACACAGACGGGCUUUUAAGCAAAGAACCCCAAAACAAUGCACAGCUUUAGGGUGUUAAAGUGACUACUGAU